AGGAAGUUGGGCACGAUUCAGCAACCUGGUCCUCCGUAGCAGGCGAGAGAGGCAGCACAGGCACUGUAAGCAUUGGAUCGCUGGCUGUGGUGCGAUGGAUGGAUGUACUUGGCAGGUCACCGCGUUGUUCCCUCGCGUGGACGCAUCGAGCAGCGUCGGCGCUCUUUGACGCUGUGGCUGAGAGCGAUGCUCCGUUGCGGUACUUUGGGAAUACCGCGCAUCUACCUGCACCUGCACCUGCACUCGCAUCCUUUGGCCAUCAGCAACGGACCAGCGCAGAACCAGCAGCAGCAAUCCUCCGGCGGCCAGUCAAUGCUAUAUGUAUUUUUGUCUAUUUGUGGACAAUCCGCCGCCGCGUUGCAUUGCCCAAGCAAUUUGAUUUGCAAGGGCCUGUUCGGUAGCACCCGAUGCCUCCCCCGCCUGGCCAGUCACCAGCGGCCUGAAUUGCUACUCGUUCACUGCUCUGCCCACUACCCACUGCAGCUCAGCGCCAAGCGCCCAGUUACAGCGCCCACAGCAGCGCGCGCGCCACAGCACUUGCCCGCGCACAGGCUCAGGCUCAGGCUCAGGCGCCCUUCCAAAUCUCAGCUCCCCCCCUUCUUCUAUCCAUUCCAUCCUCUCCCUCCGCUUUUUUCCCUCUUCCCUUCAUUCUCUCUCCCUGACAACCUUCGCCCCGACGAGAGCAUCGCUUCGUUCGGCACUUUUUCUUUCGAGCAUCGCCGCCUUUUCGACUCGACUCAUCGACACGCCCCGCUGCAGCACCUUCGAUCUGCAAUAAUUUUUUUGUUUUCUUUUUUUCUUUUUCGCUCAGGCCUGCCUUCGUUGCCACGCACCCGCUACCUCGUCACCGACAUAUCGAAUUUGGCGCCCUCCCCGUCGGCUGCUCUUCCAAAUUCUCCUCUGCAGGUUAGUUGGCCUCUUGGAGUUUCCAUCUCGGUUACUUCGUGCCCAUCUUUGCCCUUCUCCCCUGUUUUGCAUUGAUUUCUCCCUCUGCGGCAUAUGCAGCCCUGAUGGCGUGGUUCUACCUCCUAUCCUGGAGCAAACGUUUGCUCUCGUCAGGCUCUUGUCAUGCAUGAUUCGGCCUAGCACCGGAUUUUGCUGGUGGCGGAUCUAGCCACCGCCCUUCAGCAGGCCCCUAGGCCCACUCCCUUUGUCAAACCAUUUCAUCACAGCCUCUUUGAUCUUCCUCCCUCCAUCUCUUAUUUUUUUUUUUCCUGUUCUACAUUUGCAUUUUGCAUCCUUCGUCGCUACUCUUCACCCUCGCUUUAUUUGUACGGCGAUUAUUUGAUGGUGGCCGAUAUUAAAAACGUCUCAGGAUUUGC